AAGCCAACAGCAAUUCGGAGGGAAAAGUUGUGUCUUUUUAUUAGUCGCCUUCAGAUUUUUGUAUACAUUUUACAAAUUGAAUUUAAAAUUGAAAUUGUACGUUUCCUUGCGAUCUUAAAGAUUUUUUCAUUUAUUCCUUCGCAAUAUAGUCUAGUUUAUAAACCGAAAUAUACACAUUACAAAUAUAGUGUAUAAUAAGACAACAAAAGUUGGGCGUUCUUGUUAUUAAGUCUGAAAAUUAAUUAAAGUGCAUUUGUAACAAAAGAAAACAAACGCCAUUUGUUUUUUAUUUAGAAAAAAAAAAAAAUAAAUAAAUAAAAGAAGCGUGCUAUUUACGUAAAUUAUAUACAAUUCGAAAAAACAAACAAAAUGAUGAGCUUUGAAGGUGUUGAUGACAGCAAACCAUCUAGCAAGGUCUUGAGACCUCCCGGUGGGGGUACAAGUGACAUUUUUGGCGGUGAUAUGCCUCAAACACCACGCGCUGUUAAAAAUCACAUGCAAUCGAAUAUAUUUUCGACAGAAAAGGAUCAUGUUAAAAAUAGCGUACGACAAGGAGCUCACAGAUUCUAUUUUAUUGGUGAUCAACCACGCCGUGGUCAAAAGAAUUUGGAUUCGUAUCAACGUUUAUUUGGCGAACCCGAACGUCCAGUAACUCCUGCCAAAAAUCACAUGAAGAGUAACAUUCCAUUUGGUUCUAGCACUGAAGCAGCUCAAACUUUGAUCACCAAUGGAAACGGUCACUACAAUGGUAAAUGCGGUUCGGUAUCGUCGGCAUCCUCAUCGGUUUCUUCGUCCACUGAAAAUCUUAAAAUGAAUGGCCACUCGAAAACAGAUGGAAACCCUGUUACUGGCGAGGGCUACAAACCGAAUGAUUUUAAUAAUCAUACACCCAGCAUGAAUGGUGCCAAUCAGAUCAUUAACAAGAAUCGCAUACCGCCCGGCGGUUAUUCUUCGGGUCUGUGGUAAACAAUCAAUCCAUUCUCUCUGUUAGCGAAGAAUUAUCAUCCAUCAUCAAAUAAAAACGACGCAAAGACAUACGAAAACAACAAGAAAUACUGAUAUCGAAGCAGAGAAAGAUUGUAAAAGAAGAAGCAAUAAGUACAGAACUACGGAAAUAGUGUGAAAAACACUGAGAAACUAAAUAUUAACAUAAAAAAGGAAAUUCAUGAAACGUUGAUAACACUAAAACAAAAAUAUUAACCUCUAAGCUAAGACACAAACCGUCACAAACCAUAAAUAAACGAAAAUUAUAAUCUAACCUUAUAUUUGAAAUUAUAACAUAACCAUUGGAAAUACAUUUACCUCCCUUUUAACCACAUUCUUUCGCUCAUCUUUAAAAUAAAAAAAAAAAAACAUGAAAAAAGAAAACUUGAUAAAAUAUAUAGAAAAGGCACCAUACUAUUAACAUUGAAUUGUUUUUAACUCUCAAAUUGUACGGCUAUUGGAAAAAUUAAUAACUCUUGCUGCUUAUGUUUAAAAAUGGACUAAACCAAAUUUUAUCAGUAAAGAACGAGAUUAGCAAACCACGUUAAUAUAAUUAAUUAGCAGUUGCCUAAAAAAUUUUAAAGAAAACAGUCUUGACUUUUUUCUAUAUAUUUUAAUAAUUGAUGAAGUGUUCAUCUGUUUGUUUUCUCUCUUGUAAGCGACUGAACUGAAGAAUCUGGAAUUGUUUGUACGAUUUGCUCAAUAUAAAUGCAGACCAAACUACGUGAUUCCUUUCGAAUUAAUAUUGAUAAAAGCUUUGUACCAAAACUAAUUACAAUUUCUCACCAGAAUCAGCAUAUAUUACUAUAACAAGCGUUCAUUCACAUAAGUACACUAUAUA